CUGCAUCAACAGGUCAGGGCCAGCCUCUGACCAUGCCAAGGAUCAUUAGUAUUGCUGUCAUAAAACAAUCAACGAGAGCAACAGCAGCGAUCUGCGACUUUAUUUUCUGGUUACGGUAGCAUACCUGAAUGAAUCUCACAGAGGCUACCCUUUCGAAUUUCGAAUAGACAAGACAUGAUGGCCCCAAGGACGAUUUUUCAGACAGCAUUGCUGUGCUUCCUGUCCGUCCAAACUCGUGGCUUUCACCAACCUCAGUUGCAGUCAAGGACAUUAUCAGUACCAUUCCAUCCAGUUCCACUCUCAUCAUCAUCAUCACGACAGAAGACACCCAUCAACGCCAACUCUCUGCUGGUAUCCAAGCCACACUCGUCGUCGUCUACUACCGAAUUACAGGCACUGGCCUCAGCGGCAUCGUCACCCGUGGGAGCCUUUCUCAUCUUGACGGGAAUUAUUGUCGUGCACGAGUGUGGACAUUACCUGGCGGCACGGAGCUACGGGAUCAAGGUGGAAGAAUUCAGCAUUGGCGUUGGACCCAAAUUGGCCGGGUUUACGGCCUAUGGAAACGAAUUCAAUUUCCGUGCCAUUCCUCUCGGUGGUUAUGUGCGAUUUCCCGAAAACUACAACAUUACAUUGGCGCAAGAGCAAGAACGGGAAGUCCGAGAAGCCAUCAGGGCGCAACGCGAAGAAAAUGCGGUGGAAAAUAUUAAUGUGCCUCAGAAGAAGACACUGGGAUAUCGUCUCACCAAUCUACUUUCGCUUGGAGCCCUCGAUGAACAACGAAAGCAAGACGAAAAGGAGGCAUUGAUAAAACAGCAACAACAACAAGAAGAGAAAAGGAAACAGUCAUCAUGGUGGAACUCAUUGUUCAGCAGUAGUAGCUCCAAGAAAGAGAUUACGAAACCACCACCCAUUCAAGACCCUGAUGACCUUGAAAUUGAGUACUAUGAUGACCCAGACCUGCUUCAAAACCGCCCGUGGUUUCAACGAGCAGUGGUCCUCAGUGGAGGUGUGGUCUUCAAUCUACUCCUGGCCUUUUCCAUUUACUUUGGUCAAAUGGCAACCGUGGGAUUGCCACAGCCCGUCUUUGAACAAGGCAUCUUGGUGUCACAAAACCCAGCCAGGGAAGCUGCAGCCGAUGGACUUCUGCGAAAAGGUGAUAUUGUCUUGGGAGUCAACGGAAAAGCAUUUGCCAUGUCGCAGUCACCUGGAGCGGCGGCAUCGCAGCAGGCUAUAUCCAACUUUAUUUCCGACAUUCGAGCCACUCCAGAUGGGUAUUCGCUGCAAGUUUCCAUUCUUCGCAAUAAGCAAGCGGAGACUGUCAGCAUUCAACCGAAACGAGUUAGCCCAGAUGGCCCCAAGACAAUAGGGGUGUUGCUGACUCCCAACUUUAUAAAGACCGAGGUGAUCAAAUUCGACAACCCCGUACAAGCCGUGGCACCGGCAGCCAAGCUAGUUUCAUCCUCUACCAAGGACACGGCAGCUGGUCUGUUCUCAGUUUUUGGACAAGCCAUUGCUGGAAAAGAUACCGGUGGGCAGCAGGUUUCAGGUCCCAUUGGCCUCAUCAAAACUGGAUCGGAUGUGGUGGCAUCCAACAAUUGGCCCGCAGUCUUGGCUUUUGCAGCCGCAAUCAGCAUCAACCUUGGAGUUGUCAAUGCCCUUCCGUUGCCUGCGCUGGACGGAGGACAGCUAGUCUUUGUAUUGGCGGAAGCUGUGACUCGAAGAAAGGUCCCACAGAAAUUGCAGGAAGAGAUCAUCGGCAUCACAGUCUUGCUACUCCUUUUGGUGAGCGUGAAUGCUGCCUUGGGAGAUAUACAAAGCUUGAUUGUAAAGAAGUAAUAGCUACGCAGAACCAUGUUUUGAUGCUUUGCUUAGUCUACCUAGUAGCUAGGCGAAGUCCACUUCGUAUUGUCUCAAGUUCCAAGGGAGAAAUCACGGGCAACGCAGUGGCGGUCUCCUCCACCGCAGGCUGGAGAUCAUGCCAGAUGCACACGCACUCGAGAGCACAAAUCAUGCGCUCAGCUUGCCAGUCCCCACCUACAGUACAGUAAAUGUAGCACACAGCGAAAGCGAACAUUUGAAAUAGAAAAUUUUACAAGAU